AUUGGGAGCUUUGCACAUCUCUUCUCGGCUGCUGCGGUCACGACCCUCGCUGGUUGCCUAUGUAGACCUGUCCUCUCUGGUCUGUCAAAAAACGGGCGUCCAGAAACACUUCUUAUCGGGUUGUAUCGCCAUUGACGCUACAGAGCUUGCAAGAAUAAACUUGCCACCAUCUGUUGCGAUAGAAACUCCUUCUAGUAUAUCGACUGGUACUAUAGGUAUCUCAACAACAUCCAAGUCCAACAAGUCAGACUCAACAUCGACAAGCAGCACAGCUGGCGUUGACGUUUUUUCAACGCCCCUAGUGUCGUACGACGAAGUUCUGGCGAUUCCACCGCCGAAGUUGAUAACUAGUACGUCUUCAGUUUCUGGACCUGUUCCUGGAGCGACUACGACAUCAGCAGGCUCAUCUUCUAGCAACGCCGUACAGUCGUCUCGAAUCGAAGUGCACGUGAAGCCCCUCUACGUGCCCUUGCAAAUGGGCCUUCCGACACUGCCGCAGGUCGCCCUGAACGACGUGGAAAGACUUCACGCUGCGGCGGCGGCAACUGGAUAUGCGGACGCAUUGCGAAGCGCCGCAAAAGAGGCGACAACACAGCAGGCAGCUUCUGGGGCUCUAUCAUCUUCUGUCAAGUCCUCCAAUGCGAAAAACCAGCGCGAACUUGCUUCGUUGUUGCCGCAGUUCCAGGUUCCAGAGGUCACCACACUGCGAUAUCGCGUCUUCGCGAAGGCGCUAUUAGACGGCGACGUCUUCCCACAAGUAAAGCGCGUCGCGCGUGUUCAUAGUUUUCCAACGGAGCGAUUGCUGACAUCCCGUCUGAUGGAAUUGCCAACAACAUGCGGCCUCGCCGUCGCUGAUCUCGUAUCGGCGUUGCAGGCAAGCUCAUGCGCGGACAAAGCUGACCUCCUGAGACACUUCCGCUCGUCAUCAAAUAGAAAUAGUGGGGUCGGAGCUAGCUUGUAUCUCGCGUGCUUGCCAAAGCAUCUACGGGCGGCUGCAGGACAGGCUUUACAACAAAGUUUGCCUCGUCUGUAAUUGCGCUAGCGACCCCCUGUGUUCCCAAUCCCAAGUAAUCGAAAACUCAAAAUAACCGAGUUACUGACUGAAAUAAUGUAGGUAGCUUAACAUCAAGGCUACUCUUCCUUCUCGUCAGUAUCUCGGUAAUUCUGAUCAGUUAAUUGCUUAUUUCAGUUUAUCGGAUAUGCAUUCCUGGCGCAACCUACUUAUACAUAGCACAAGCACAAAUAUCAACAUGACUAUGACUUCGUACAACAUGGUACUACUACUUCCAGUUCUACUAGUACGUGGGCGUGAGGACAUCUAUAGGACUGUAGACUUCACAGCGAUUAUUUCACCUCUUGCAUUGAAUGCGCAGCUUUUUCAGUCGCGGUCAGCGACUCCAAAUAU